AUGACCACCCUCACCGCCCAAAUGGACACCACGAACCGUCCCGACGAAUGGAAGAUCGAGCAGGGUAUGGCAGGUCAUAAACUGCCUAUCCUCGAUCAAUCCGGCCUGGACACGGUGCAUAUUUACCCGCCGAAGCCGACGCAGCUGUAUAAAGAUGAGGAGGCCAUCGAGGCUGUAGGGGAUCGGAAUGAGUUGUUUAAGAGGGAGAAGGAGGGGUGGAAGGGAUAUGUCGAAUGGGAAAAGUAUCCCGACAAAAAGGCCAAAGCCCACCGCAUCCUCACCUCGCAGACCUUCUCCCCCUGUCCGGAUUACAUGUUCGGUCCUAUCCCCGACACCAACCCCGUCCUAACCGGCGAGGACUUCAAGCAAUGGCAUGCUGCAUUGGGGGGUGAACUUGCCUCCGUGGCGGAUGAUAGCUGGCGCACUGUUCUCCGGGAGAAACACCCCGAUAUGCUGCAUCUCCUCCAGUUCCCGUAUAACGGGGAGCCGCCGAAGCGGCUGGUUACUUCGAAGGUGGUCACGCCGAAUCCGCUGCACUUUGUGCGCAACCACGGGGGUAUCCCGCUCAUCGAGAAAGAUAAGUGGAGUCUGACGCUAGACGGACUCGUCAAGCAUCCGAAGAGCUAUACCUUGGACGAUCUGCAAGAUGAGACGCGGUUCCCGCGGAUGGAGAAACUCGUGACGAUGCAGUGUUCGGGAACACGGCGAAUCGAGCAGAUCGCCCUGUAUGGAGGACAAGGUGAUGAAGUGCCGCAGGCGCCGUGGGCAGAGGGGGCAAUUGGGACGGCGAAAUACGUGGGGAUCAGUCUGAAGAAGGUGAUUAAGGAUUGCGGGGGAUUGAUUGCCCCCGCGAAGCAUCUGGAGUUGUACGGCGCGGAGACGUAUAUCAAGGAUCUGGAGGCGAUGAAUUACGUGGUGAGUGUGCCGUGGUCAAAGGUUAAGGCCAACGAGGUGAUUCUUGCCUGGGAGAUGAACGGCGAGCCAUUGCCCAAGAUCCAUGGGUAUCCGUUGCGGGUCGUGGUGCUGGGAUAUAUCGGUGCGCGCAGCGUCAAGUGGCUGUACCGGAUCAAGGCGAUUGAGAACCCAUCCCGGGCACCCGUGCAAAGCAGGGAGUAUCUCUACUUCAACCAGCAGAUUGGAAAAUAUAACCAGCGUCCCACGGACGGGAUCCAGAUCCAGGAAAUGCCGGUCAGCUCGGCGAUCAUGUCUCCCUGGACGAAGCAGGUGAUCGUCCAUGACGGGAAGAUCCGGUGCAAGGGAUGGGCGUAUUCCGGGGGUGGACGGUGGCCGGAACGAGUCGAACUGUCUGCCGAUGGCGGGUUCAGUUGGUAUGCGGUGCCGCAGGAGAAGUUGUCGAAGAAGGGGAGGUGGACGUGGCGGACGUGGGAGAUGGAGUUGCCGUGUGAUGUCGAGGGGUGGAUUGAGAUUGUGUGUCGGUGUUGGGACAAUUCGUUGAACACGCAGCCGUUGAAUGUCCGGGCGGCGUGGAAUUGGGGACUGCAUGUUACGUCGUCGGCGCAUCGGAUUAGCGUCUACAGUGUGAACAAGAAGCAUGAGACGACGAGGAAGAAGAUCGAGAAGAUGGAGCAUCUGGGCAUUCCGCUGGCGCCGUUGACGUUUUAUCAGCCGGUGCCGGGGCAGACGGAAGAGGAGUAUGAGCAGUUUUGGAGGGAGCAUGAUCCCAGGGAUGUGGAUGACUAG